AGCAUGGAGGGGCGGGGCCUGUGCGGGCCCGGGCGGUGGCGCCGCGGCGGCUGCGGGGUCUCGGUGGUGGGUCCGGAUGCCGGCAGGAUGGUGCUGUUCCCCAUCGUGAUGCUCUGGGCCCUGGCUGCUGCAGACCAGCCCCCCGUCACCGUCACCGCAUCCAUCGGGGAUGACGCCUGCCUGCCCUGCAGCACCCAGCCAUGGGGUCACCUACGGGGGGUCACCCUCAGCUGCACCCACCAGAAUGGGACCCACCACCCCAUUCCCGUCCUCCGGCACCGCCUGGGCUGGCUCCCGCCGGAGCCGGGCUGGAUCCCACCGGAGGAGCCCGACAACCAGUUUAGGGGCAGGGUGUCCUUCUGCGCCACGGGGCCGGGGGCCGCCGGCCUGGCCCUGCUCCUGAGGAACCUCAGCGAUCCCGACUUCGGGAAUUACUCCUGCUACGUGGCCGGUGCUGCCCCCCGGCAGCUCCUCUGCAGCCUGGUCCUGCAGCCCACGGCGGCCGAGGUCCCCAGGAGCGAGGAGCCGGACAUGAUCAUGGUGGUGUGUGUCCUCGUGGCCGCCUUCACCGCGGUGGCCAUCGGGGUGGUGAUGUGCUGCCGCUGCGGGUGCUGCGGGAGACGAGGCGGAGCAGGAGGAGCAGCGGGAGCAGCCUCGGUGGCUCUGGGUGACAUGAAGAGUCCCAGUGCCUGAGCCCCCCCAGCCCCAGCAGCUCCCCUGUGCCCCCGGGGCAGGAUGCGGCCCCGGCUCCUCCAGUGGGAUCUGGGGGGGCCGGGGCUGGGCUGUGGCAAAGUGGGGGGACAAGGACUCGGGGAGGGGCAGGAUGGGUGCCGGGUGCUGGGGAGGGGGCUGCAGGGGCAGUCCCCAAAUAAAGCCAUUGCUCCGGAGAGGGGGGUGACCCCUCCUUACCGGGCACCCCGG